CGAACCCCACACACGUUGUGCGGAGUCUACUUGGUGUAGUGUAGUGUAGUGUUCAGUGUGCUGGAAAUGUGGUGGUUGGUUAAGAUGACCGUGUUUUUGCAUUGUGUCCAAUCAGUGCGCAUCAUGAACAUUCGCGUGCCAGAGGUCUUCCAGUAUGGUACCAAAGACGCCAUCACCUUGGACUGUGACUUCGUCACCAACAACGUCACGGGACUGGUGGUGAAGUGGUUCUACAUGGACAGGUCACAUCCCGUAUACCAGUGGAUCCCUCCUCAGAAGCCCCAAGCUUUGGGAUUGUUAAAACAUAAGUUGGAUCUCUCAUACAAAGUGUCGCAGAACCCUUACACGCAGCACCGGGCACUGCGGAUCCUGUCCCCUGGGACCGAGCUGACCGGCAACUAUACAUGCGUGGUGUCCACAUUCCUUUCUGAGGACGAGAGGACCCGCCCAAUGACCAUAUUCGUACCGGAGACAAGAUUCGACAUGAUCCAGGACCGACUGAACGACGGAUACCUGAACAUCAUCUGUUCAGUGGAAGGGGUGUUCCCGAGGCCCGAGCUCGUCAUAUUGGCAGGAAACAGGCCGCUAAAUGCAAAAUCAACAAUCAAGAUCAUCGAGGGCCGAUACACAGCGCUAACGAGUGCGGUGGUCAAAAUAGACUCCCUUCCUCCCACUGUGGAAAUCCUCUGCGACAUGAAUAUACCUCUUGCUAACUAUUUCAGCAGAAAGAGGGAUAUAUUUUACAGAGAUCCCCCGCCCGUCGAUCAGGAGCCGGCUUUCAUAAACGCACACACUGCGCGCGAUCACGGUCACUCAAGAAAGUCGAGUCCAAUGCUCGUCUUGAUAUCCUGUAUAGCGCUGUUUCACUGCUUGAAAAUAACGUGACGUUGCAUUACAAAACAUCCAAAAAGAAAAUACGUUGUGAAUUAGUUUUAGGUAAUAAUAUAUAAAAUAAGUGUAAAUAUACAGCGAAAUAUUAUUAACUUAUUAUUAAUAAAUUUUAUACCUAAUGAAUAAUAAGAACCGGACAAUAUAUUAUCGCAUAAGCAAAUUAUGUAAAAAAAUACUAUUAUACAUUCCACUGUAAUCGUAAAGUCGUAUUAUAUAUUAUUAGUAUUAAGAAUUUGUAUAUUAUAUAUAAAACUUGUUUUGUAAUAUUUGUAUAUGUAAUUCAAAGACUUAAGGAACAGGACAGAUGGUACGACAAAAUUUAAAGCUGCCUAAAUAGAACUAGCCUUAUUGGCACAAAACAAAACCAAUCAUACUGUAAAUGACUUAAUUCUCGUUUAAGGCUAAAGAAUUGUCACGUACCUAUU